UGUGCCGUCCCCUCCGUGAACAAUUCCUGACCUCACGGCUCUUGGCCACCAUCCAGGCGAUAAAAAGAGCGAGCGGAUGUGUUUCGCACACAAACAGGAUCAAGCACAAGCAAGAAGGAAGGAUCAGUCGAAGCAAUCUAUAGAAGCAACAAUGCAAGAACGCCGGAUCAACCUGCCGGCCGUGGUCGCCGCGGUCCUCCUCCUGGGCACCGGCGCGGCGCCGUGCUGCGCGCAGGCGGCGACGGUGAUGAGCAUCGAGGAGGCGUGCCAGAAGGCGGCGAGCGUGAGCGCGGGCGUGAGCUACAAGCACUGCGUGUCGUCGCUGGCGUCGGACGCCCGGAGCCGCGACGCGGCGGACCUGCACAAGCUGGCGGUGGUGGCGGCGCGGAUGGCCGUGGACCACGCGGCGACGACGGAGGCGAGGAUGGAGGGCCUGAACGAGGUGGUGGAGUCGCCGCACGCGCGCGCGCGGCUGCACCACUGCCGGGAGCUCUACAGCGCCGCCGCCGACGUGCUGCGCGACGCGCUGGACAACCUCCGGGCGCGCAUCUACGGCAAGGCGUCGCAGCAGCUGGCCGCCGCGCUGGGCGCCGCCGAGAGCUGCGAGGACGUCUGGAAGGGCGAGGACCGCGUCCCCGUCGCCACCCACGACAGGGAGUACGCCCGCAUGGCGGUGGUCGCGCUCGGCCUCACCACCGGCAUCGCCUCCUGAAUCCGGCCUGAUCGCCAUUAUUUAUUACUGUCGCUUCUUCGAUCAUCAUCAACGCAUCACGAAUGCCGCCAUUGCCGCCAUGGCUUGCUGCGCCCAAUGCAAAGCCAUCACAAGUCUAGCUCAUCGGAUCGGAGUCCUCUCUUCUCCCACAUUAAUUAAUUAUUUAAUUACAUAUGUAUGUGAUCGAUCUUGUAUGUCUAGAGUAUUUCUUUAGCUGUUGUUAAUCUUUUUUUUCUCCAA